AUGUCGCCGACUACGCCCUCAUCCUCGUCGUCGUCGGUGACCGCCCAAGACACCGAUAUCGAAGCUCAGCAGCCUGACGUCAAGGCUUCCCACUUCAACCUCAUCUUCGACCAAGCCGGCGUUAACCAAGCCGUCCUCAACCACAAGUAUGCCGGCGAGGGCACCGCAGAGUCACCUUAUAUCGUCGACUUCCUCCCUAAUGACCCUCGCAAUGCCAUGAACUUCUCUCAACCCAAAAAGUGGUUCAUCACGAUCCUACAGGCUAUUGCCACCCUGGCCGUUGCCUUUGUGAGUACCGCCUACUCAGGUGGUCUCACUCAAGUUCUCAUCGACUUUGAUGUUUCCACUGAGGUGGUGAUUCUUGGUAUCUCCCUGUUUGUUCUGGGCUUUGCUAUCGGCCCGCUGUUUUGGGCCCCGUUGUCCGAGCUGUACGGCCGCCAGAUCCUCUUCUUUAUCUCUUACAUGGCUCUGACGGCUUUCAACGCUGGCGCCGCCGGUGCUCCUACUAUGGCUGCCCUUAUCGUUCUGCGAUUUUUCGCCGGUUCUUUUGGCUCCUCGCCCCUGACCAACGCCGGUGGUGUCAUUGCAGACAUGUUUGACGCCAACGAGCGAGGCAUGGCCACCGCGCUUUUCGCGAUGGCCCCCUUUCUUGGUCCCACCAUUGGUCCUAUUGCUGGCGGCUUCCUCGGCGAGCACGAAGGCUGGCGCUGGGUUGAGGGCAUGAUGGCUAUCUUCACUGGUAUCGUUUGGAUCAUCAACUCCCUCGUCAUCCCGGAGACCUAUGCGCCUGUGCUUCUGCGACGACGUGCUGCAGCUCUGUCUAAGAAAACUGGCAAGGUCUACGUUUCCAAGGUCGAUGUCGGAAAGCCCCACGCCACCAUUGGUGCGCAGUUCAAGGUUUCCCUCCUUCGCCCGUGGAUCCUCCUCUUCAAGGAGCCCAUCGUUCUUCUCACUUCCAUCUACAUGGCCAUCAUCUACGGCACUCUUUAUCUCUGCUUCGCCGCGUUCCCUAUCGUCUUCCAGCAGGGUCGAGGAUGGAGCCCCGGAAAGGGAGGUCUGGCUUUCAUUGGUAUCGCAGUUGGAAUGGUGUUUGCUAUUACGUACACUCUGAUUGACAACCGCCGUUAUAUGCGCGUGGCUGCUGCAUCCCCUGGUGGCUAUGCGCCCCCCGAGGCCAGACUCCCUCCUACUCUUCUCGGAUCCAUCCUCAUCCCCGCUGGCCUGUUCUGGUUCGCCUGGACCAACGGCACUGACAUCCACUGGAUUGUAUGCAUUAUGGGCUCAGCCGUCUUCGCCAUGGGCCUUGUCCUGGUGUUUCUUUCUCUGAUGAAUUAUCUCGUCGAUUCUUAUGUCAUUUUCGCCGCUUCCGUCCUUGCAUCCAACUCCGUUCUUCGAUCUCUGUUCGGUGCCGCAUUCCCCCUCUUCACGACUUACAUGUACGAGGACCUUGGCAACCACUGGGCCAGCUCCAUUCCCGCCUUCUUGGCUGUGGCUUGCAUCCCCUUCCCUUUCCUGUUCUACAAGUACGGUGAGAGAAUCCGCAUGAAGUGCGAGUUCGCGGCCGAGGCCGCCACUAACGAAAUGGCCCCGGCGUCGCCCACCUCCUCCGAGUUGUCGUCGCUGGCAUCUUACGUGACCGCCCGCGACUCUUCCCUCGAGAAAUCGACCGCCGCGAGCAGUCCCGUCCAGGACAAUCCCUGCCCAUAUCGCGAUGCGCGACACCUGCCCCGCGAGUUGAAGGACCACUGCAAGAUCUUUCUAGAGGAACAGCUCUACACUUGCGCCAUCAACCUCCUCAAUUCUAUCGCGGGUUCCGGAGGAUCCAAGCGCGCCUCGACCAACAGAAAGUCCAUUGCGGUUCCUCCCCCGGGUCAUCUCGCUCUCUUAGCCACGCUCGUCGUCCACCCGCUACAUACCACUCGCGCAGAAAAGAAGGAGCACUUGGAUGUGUCGUCUCAAGCUCUUGACUAUCUCCGCAACCUACUCACCAUUGUGGGGCCCAUCAACGCGGAUUUCAGAACAGCGUUUCGGUUCCAUUCAAUUCCAAGAUUUGGGAGGCGAUGGGGACAGCACACACAUGCAAACGACAGUGAUGCGUCUGAUGCUGACGUGGAUGGAGAUGAAGAGCACCUUCGAGGAAAGAUUUCGAACGAGAGUAGUCUAUGGAGCCGUGGACAAGACUUCUGGUCCACUGUCGGUUGGGCCUUCAACUGUAGUACGUUGUACCCACAUCGGUGGCAAUACUGGAAGGUUUGGCUGGGGUUCAUGCUGGAUGUGCUCGAAGCCGACUGGAAAGAGAGGGAACGCUGCGACAGGGAGGCCCAUCGAGCCACAGGCGAAGAUGGCGAAAUGCCGCGAGAAUCGCGCGAGGAAGCCAUGAUUCUCAUGUACAUGGAUCAGCAGGACGGCCGGACAUACGGAAUCAAGGGCAUCCUCAAGGCCCUCUUCGCGGAUGGUAGCGAAAUAUCAUCCUCUGCAUUCCGCGAAAUAUUCGACAGGGAGCCCAAGGGACCCAGGAAGCAACCCAACAAACGGAAGCGAGAACAGGUUCUCGACCUAGAGAACGACAAAUUUGGCGACUACUUUGAAGAGGAGUCUCAGUCGUCGGGUAUCUCGGAGCCUCCCACACCCCAGAAGCCAAAGGAUAAGAGGAAGUCCGGAUCUGCCGGAGCAUAUCAGCCUGGGUUGGUCGAGUCGAUUAGCUUCCGGCUGCGGCUGUUUAAACUGCUCUCAGCCGCUACAUUUGCAGCCCGGAAGCGAUCUGAUCUCGAUCGCCUCUAUGAGGGAUAUGCCGCUUCGGUCAAGCUAUUGCCCCUGCAGACCUUUACGCUCCUCGUCAGUCAGAGACCAAAUCCGCUUAUCGCUGAGGCACAUAUCACCAUCACUAAAGAACUGUUUCACAUACUUCUACCAGCUUCAUACAAGAACCCCGCCAAAAUAGACCCUGAUGCCGACGCACAAGGAUCCCUGACGACACCGAUGUUAGAGCAUUGCUACAUCCUUAACCCUGCCAACACAGUUGCGAUCGAGGACAAUGCCAAAUUAUCGUUGCUUGUCGAGAACGCCAUUCAACUGCUGUGGACGUGCGAAAUGAUGGAGUACAGCGAAAGUUUUGCUGCGGCCGCGGAGAAGGGGAUUACAGCUCGCGAGACUAAGGCAAAAAAGAGACGGACGGGCAAGAUGAAAGGGGACGCGACUGACACUUUGGCGCAGGAUGUCUUGGAGAAUUCGGGGCACAGGAUUCGGAUAUUGCUGGAGGCGUUGAAAACAACGAGUGAGGCGGAAGAAUGA